AUUACCCAAGGAAGGCAUAUUUCCCAGCACAGUAUUUUACAACAUAGCAUUCGUCCCACAGACUAAGAGCGUGCACAAUGAGUAAGCUAUUGGCAUUCCUGUUUUCCUAAAUUGAACGUUUGUUUAAGGCAAUUUCGAAUAAAACGUGUUUUUGAGGACUGUUUUCCACAAGAUGACCAUGAGGAUAGUGUGGGAAUGCUUUCACCCUCCCUGGGGGCUAGAAUCCCAACGUGUUUCACAGAGGAAAUAUAGACUUGACGGUUUUGGCUCCAUUGAGUGUGGUGAAAACAUUGUUUUUCAAACAGCUGAUACAAAUGACUAAACAUUGCCUCUCCUUUUCAGCGGAAGCCACUGGUACAGUGCUUAAGGUUGUGUCUCAUGUCAAUGGACUUGGGGUGGUCAAUCAGGGAUUUGAAACACAGGUAUGUAAAGAAGAAAUUGCAUGCUUACAUUUUUCAACAUGUACAGUAUGUGAAUUGAUGAAUAAACAGACACUUCAUUCCUCUCAGGAGGAUGACAUUUCAGUUAGUAACAGAAGCAGUAUCAAAGAGGAGCAGUCAAGAAAAGGAUUGGGAUUAUAUUUAAGGUAUGCCAAUCAAACUAAAUGAGUUUAGUUUUGUCUCACCCACUCAGUAACAUGGUGUUGUUAGUAUCAGUAAAUGUCUGUACAUUUUGCAGAGCGAGAGAGACAAUACGAUUUUUCUGUAAUGUGUUUGUUUGAUUGAAUUCCAGCUUCAGACAAUCAUCUUGUCCCUGCUUGUAUCUUGAGCUAUCCUAUUUCAUGAAGUCCUCUUCAUGUUUUUGAACUGAUAAGAGAAACCUCCCAAUAUAAAUACAAGGCAGCGUAGUCCAUUACCUGACACCACAUCAAGCUAUUGUGCAGAAGAGAAAGACAAGCUGUAAUGUCUUUGUUGAUUAUUAGAUCAAUAUAACAAUGGUUGUUUGUAAUAUGCCGUGGUAACUAACCUGUUCUUUGAUUGGUUCUUUAGUAAGAUUUCCAAGCCUAUUAAUGCCACAGAGGAUUACUUUAAAGCUCACUCCAAAACCAUCAAAUACAUUGUGCUGGGCUUGCUCGGAGCAGGUAUUUUAUUUUAAUUUAACCCUAACAAAUGGACAUAUUGGGCUGCUAAUUUACAUAGAGCAUGGCUAAUUAUAAGGGUUGUCUUUUGUGCAAAUACCAGAAAAUAAAACCAGACUGAAUUAGAAAGUUGUACAGUAUCCUAUGAAUUAUCCUAUGAAAGUUAAAUGUUCUAAGAAUCAGUCCCCUGCCAAUUGCUUAUCACAACAAUGUGAUGCUCUUUUGAUCUUACCUUUGUUUCAAUAUCACAGGCUAUGUGGCAUACUUCAUCACAGCCUGCGUAUUGGACUUUGAGAGGGCCAUUGCCCUUGUGGUCCUCACCAGUUUGGCAGUUGUCUCCAAAGCCUAUGACCUUCUGAAGACAUACAAGGGAGAUAGCAUAACCAAAUGUUUCAUACCUGCUCAAAGAUGCUUCAACAAUUUCCGGGGAUGGAUAAUAGGGUAAGCAGUUAUUUCAUAUGGACACUUUAAAUGAAUUAAUUUGGUGAGUGUCUAUUUCUCUGUUGACUGAGAGUCUGUUGUGGGUUCUUUAGAGUUUUUGUUGUUGCGGUGCUGGCCCUGCUAGUGACUUGGCUCAUUGUGGACACAAGCAAGCGACCAGAGCAGCUCAUCUCAUUUGGAGGGGUCUGCAUGUUCAUUCUAGUCAUUUACAUCUUCUCAGCCCACAGGACAGCGGUAAGCAUAACAGCAAAUCGCUCCGAUCCCAUCACAGGGUGAGAGUGUACAGGUUUUCCCAUAACGCAUGUCUACCUGUAAUAACACGUGAUUGGUUAUAACCUCUUAUCUAUGACUGUUUUCUUUAGACUUUGAAUUUCCUGUGGGCGUCUUUUGGCCUUGUGUGUCUUUUACCAGUUACACCUAGUAAUUCCUUCCAAUGACUCACCAUUUUAUGGAGAAUCCCUUGUUAAACAACAAUGCAUAUCCAAACAUUGUUUGAAGAUUAUGUCAAGUGUGUUUGUCUCUGUUUCAGGUGGCAUGGAGGCCAGUUUUUUGGGGUCUUGGUUUACAAUUCUGUAUCGGACUGUUUGUCAUAAGGACAGAGCCAGGACUCACAGCUUUCCAAUGGCUUGGAGAACAAGUGCAGGUAUCUUUAUUGCUGAAGUGCUCCUUAUCUUAAAGAAGUAAACCUUGACUACCUGGAAAUUGUCAUUGUAUCUGGGAGGUCCCUCUUUUAUGAGGCACAGUGGAAUCUGAUAGAUGGCCCAUAAAGCUAUUUACAACCUCUUAAAGACGCUUCUUUAAUCUAAAACUGAUAUUUUGUCUUAACCAUUGAUAUGAGACAGUAUUAUCCAAGUCCCAAUUGUAGCUAGUUGCAUGGAAUGACAAACUAUGAGCCUCAUUGUUGACAUAAAUACAUAUGACCAGACAAUCAUCUUUUCCCUCUUGAUUUAUUAUUUCAGAUAUUCUUGAACUACACAAAAGAAGGGUCAUCAUUUGUUUUUGGACCACUAGUAGACCACAUCUUCGCAUUUCAGGUCAGUGAGCAAUAUUUCAGUAGAUGUACUAGAAACAUUGUGUUAUUUUAUAAUUAAUCCAGGAUUUAUCAAUAUAUUUCCCUGUUCCUUCUCCAGGCUUUGCCCAUUGUAAUAUUCUUCAGCAGUGUAAUGUCAGUCCUUUAUUUCCUUGGAAUAAUGCAAUGGCUCAUCAUUAAGGUAAGAGACCUUCAAACAUUUACCCUUUACGAAGUUUCUGUGUUAGGUUUGGGCAGAGUCAUAUAAUUUACAUAUGGCUCUAUGUUUGUGUGUACGGUAUGAUUUAUGUUUACAAGAAGCCAUGCGUUUUUCCCCUUUCAGAUCGCAUGGGUCAUGCAGAUAACGAUGGGAACCUCACCCACUGAGACCUUGAGUGUUGCAGGCAACAUAUUUGUUGGACAGGUACAUUUGCCUGUUUGUAGUCGAGGGUAUUUCAGUUCUUACUUCAAUAUAAGAAUUACUGGAGGAAACAUAUACUUAAGAUAACACCAUUGUAGUAGUUAUACUAAGUGAUGUUUACACUUUACAUUGUCUUACAAAGUAAUAUUAAUGAGGAUUAGGCAAUACAAAGUUGAUUUACUGUUUAACAGAUUACUUUUUUUUUAAAGUGAGGCGAGCGAGCAAAUAAAAAUAAAAUGUAUGAAAAACAUACAAUACAAUUUGUAAAAAUCCUAAACAAACUUAGUAUAACACCUACUGACCUUACCAAGAGAUUUUAGCCUUUUGAAUAAUGGUUUUGGAAUGACAGUCACAGGGACCACAGUUUGAGUCCUGGUCAGGGUAACCCCCUAAUUAGCUCUCGAGAACUCAAGGGGAUAUAGCACCCAGCCCUAGAGAUCUCAAUUGAACUCACGGACCACAGCUGGAUCAAAGAAAUGCAAUCCCGACGCUCUGUAAGAAACCUUUAUAAUCCUCGCUUGCAAUACGGUUUUGUAAACGUUUGGAACUUGACUUUCACAUCAGGGAGAAAUAAUCUUUCAAACACAAAAUAUGCACUUACUGUAUGUAGAUCGCAGAAAUGUUCCAUGUGCACAAAAAGGUUAUUUCUCUCAAAUUUUGUGCACAAAUUUGUUUAUAUCCCUGUUAGUGAGCAUUUCUCCAUUGCCAAGAUAAUCCAUCCAUCUGACAGGUGUGGCAUAUUAAGAAGCUCAUUAAACAGCAUGAUCAUUACACAGGUGCACCUUGUGCUGUGGACAAUAAAAGGCCACUCUAAAAUGUGCAGUUUUGUCACACAACACAAUGCCAUGGAUGUCUCAAGUUUUAAGGGGGCGUGCAAUUGGCAUGCUGACUGCAGGAAUGUCCACCAGAGCUGUUGCCAGAGAAUUGAAUGUUAUUUUUUCUACCAUAAGCCGCCUCCAACGUCGUUUUAGAGAAUUUGAAAGUACGUUCAAAAAGCCUUUCAACCACAGACCACGUGUAACCACGCCAGCCCAAGACCUCAACAUCCAGCUUCUUCACCUGCAGGAUUGUCUGAGACCAGCCACCCGGACAGCUGAUGAAACUGUGGGUUUGCACAACCGAAUAAUUUCUGCACCAACUGUCAGAAACCGUCUCAGGGAAGCUAAUCUGCGUGCUCGUCGUCCUCACCAGGGUGUUGACCUGACUGCAGUUCGGCAUCGCAACCAACUUUAGUGGGAAAAUGCUAGUCUUCGUUGGCCACUGGCACGCUGGAGAAGUGUGCUCUUCAUGGAUGAAUCCCGGUUUCAACUAUACCGGGCAAAUGGCAGACAGCGUCGUGUGGGCAAGCGGUUUUCUGAUGUCAACGUUGUAAACAGAGUGCCCCAUGGUGGUGGUGGGGUUAUGGUAUGGGCUGGCACAAGCUACAGACAACGAAAACAAUUUGAUUUUAUCAAUGGCAAUUUGAAUGCACAGAGAUAUUGUGACGAGAUCCUGAGGGCCAUUGUCGUGCCAUUCAUUAGCCUCCAUCACCUCAUGUUUCAGCAUGAUAAUGCACGGCCCCAUGUCGCAAGGAUCUGUACACAAUUCCUGGAAGCUGAAAAUGUCCCAGUUCUUCCAUGGCCUGCAUACUCACCAGACGUCACCCACUGAGCAUGUUUGGGAUGCUCUGGAUUGACAUGUACAACAGUGUGUUCCAGUUCUCGCCAAUAUCCAGCAACAGCCAUUGAAGAGGAGUGGGACAACAUUCCACAAGCCACAAUCAACAGCCUGAUCAACUCUAUGCGAUGUGUCGCGCUACAUGAGGCAAAUGAUGGUCUCACCAGAUACUGACUGGUUUUCUGAUCCACGCCCCUACCUUAAAAAAAAAUAGAUAUCUGUGACCAAGAGAUGCAUUUCUGUAUUCCCAGUCAUGUGAAAUCCAUAAAUUAGGGCCUAAUUAAUUUAUUUCAAUUGACUGAUUUCCUUAUAUGAACUAUAACUCAGUAAAAUCUUAACAAAUUAACAGAUGAUUAAUUUGAUUCACAUAAUUCGAUCCACCAUGAUUGCUCAAAUCAUGUGAAUCAAAUUAAUAAUUUGUUUAUGGUGAACAGUCGUUUUAGUAAAAAUAUAUUUAGCUAGCAUUCGUUUUGGAUUAUGUGGCUGCAAAACUUGUUUUGUAGAUACUUCCAGUUGAUUUGGGCAUUCAAUUUAUGGGACAUUGCAAUUCAAUAGAUGCUAGUCAGCCAGUGCAAAGUAAACACUGCUAAGGUAAGAUAAAUAUGACUAAACAAUAAAAGGUACAUUUCCUGAAGAAAACGUGUGUGCUUGCUUCAGCUGUGUAAAAAUAUUUGUAUGGUAAUCGUUCGUUUCGUUAAAGAAUUGUGUAAAAUAAUAUAUUAAUAUGAAUCAAAUGAAUCGUUCCAAUUGUUAUGAAAAAACAAGUGACGCAGGGCAUCCGUCAAACAUUAAAUUAACUUUGUUAGGCUGCAUCGCAGUGCUAGCUGUGCCACUAGAGAUCCUGGUUCGAAUCCAGGCUCUGUCGUAGCCGGCCGCGACCGGGAGACCCAUGGGGCGGCGCACAAUUGGCCCAGCGUCGUCCAAGGUAGGGGAGGGAAUGGCUGGCAGGGUUGUAGCUCAGUUGGUAGAGCAUGGCGUUUGCAACGCCAGGUUUGUGGGUUCGAUUCCCACGGGGGGCCAGUAUGAAAAAAAAAAAAAAGGAAUGCACUCACUAACUGUAAGUCGCUCUGGAUAAGAGCAUCUGCUAAAUGACUAAAAUGUAAAAAUGUAAAUGUCUGAUUAUAUCCACCUGCUGUGUAAAGUUCUUUAUUAAAACAUUCCUCUUUAUAAUGUUUUCUUCAUCAGACUGAAGCACCAUUGCUGAUUCGCCCCUAUUUGAUGGACAUGACCAAAUCUGAAGUGCAUGCUGUCAUGGUUGGAGGCUUUGCCACCAUUGCAGGAAGUGUGAUGGGUGCAUUCAUCUCAUUUGGGGUAGGACCAAAGAGUCAUCCCUCCAAUGCACCCAGGUUUUCAUAUUUUGUCUCAGUUAAUUCUAAUGUGCCUGAUCUUCAUUGUUAUGUGAGAUUGAGAUUGCUCAUCGCCCCACAGAUUGAUGCAUCCUCUCUGAUAUCUGCCUCUGUAAUGGCUGCCCCAUGUGCCUUGGCUAUCUCCAAGCUGUCCUAUCCGGAGACAGAGGAGAGCAAAUUUACGUCAGAGGAAAAUAUCAAAGUGGCUUGUGGGUAUGUGUUUUUGUGUUUUGUGUUAGUGUGUAUGUGUUUGCCAUUUACCAAUUUUUUACAUUCCCCUGCAUUUUGUAUAUAUAGUAUACUUUCUGUGUUUCAUAUUGGGCUGUCUUAACUCCCCAGUGAUGAAAAGAACAUUUUGGAAGCAGCUAGCAGUGGAGCAGCUGCAUCAAUAGGCCUUGUUGCUAAUAUAGCUGCCAACUUGAUAGCAUUCCUUGCGAUACUGGCGUUCAUCAAUGCAUCUCUUGGGUGGCUGGGAGGCCUGGUGGGAUUUCACUCUGUCACAUUUGAGGUAUGCUCCAGGUAGCGCCACAUACCUUUAUCCCAUCUCACAUUUAAAGAUCCCUUUGUCUUGACUUGACACCCAUGACUUACCCAGUACUUCGUGAUGAGUGAUGGACACGCUUUGUCAUUUUUUUUAUUUUAACAGCAUGGCUGAAUAAUUGUGCACAUCACAAAAUAAGAUAUGAUUAUUAUUUAAAUGUGCCUUGGUAAGAUGUCCAAAUCAUCGAAAUAAAGUUGAUACUUUAUAGACUGGAAACUAUCAACCCCAUCAUUUAUCCUUGCUCAUUAUGUUCUUUGCACCCAUAGAUGAUCUGUUCCUAUGUGUUCAUGCCUGUGGCUUUCAUGAUGGGGAUACCAUUUGAAGAGAGUUUCACAGUAGCACAACUAAUCGGCACCAAGCUCUUCCUCAAUGAGUUUUUGGCUUAUCGGAAGCUGUCACAAUUGAAGGGAAACAGAGUCAACGGUCUGGAUGAAAUUGUUGACGAUGAGAGGCAAUGGAUCUCAGUGAGUAUGCUUUUCCCAAUCUUAUAAUUGGUGUACAAAUACUGUAUGUGCUUAUUGGAAAUUAUUAUGUGAAUAAAAUCAGAAAUACUACUGUACAUGCAUACUGUAGUAUUACUGAUUACUACCAAAACAUGUGGAUGUGGACACGUGUACAUUCCUCCACAUGUGUAAGACCUGUGAAUUGACCUGUGUAUUAUGGAAGUGGCUUUGUUUCUCUGUAAGUGUAUCUUACAUUUUAGUCAUUUAACAGAUGCUUUUAUUCAGAGCGACUUACAGUCAGAGCAUUCAUCUUAAGAUAGCUAGGUGAGACAACCACAUCACAGUCGUAGCAGAAUCUUCUAACGUACUGAGUUUCCACAUUUACAGGUCAGAUCAGAGAUCAUCUGCACUUAUGCUCUGUGUGGAUUUGCCAAUUUCAGCUCACUGGGGAUCGUAAUUGGAGGCCUUUGUGAGUAUAAGAUUCCACACUUUGUACCACCUUAUCUUUCUCCAUGUGUUGCCAUCCAUUAGAAUGUAUUUUUAACUAUUUCCAUAUCUUGUGAUGUUACUUUAUAGCCUCCAUAUGCCCAUCCAGAAGAGGCGACAUCUCCUCUUUAGUGUUGAGAGCCCUGUUCACUGGGACCUGUGUGUCUCUGAUUAAUGCCUGUAUUGCAGGUCUGUGCUUAUUUUCACUUCAAAACUAUUCUUGAUAUCAGUUUCUCUAUCAUCUGACCUCUCCUGGGUGUAUCAUCUCACAUGUUAAUUUUUUUAUUAGUAUGUGCAGGAGUGCAGGAGCAUCAUGCUUGCUUUGUUUCUUUGUGACCUCUCCAGGUAUUCUCUUUGUUCCUCCUCCUCCUCUUGACUGUUUGGAUGUUUUCGGGACCUCCUUUUUCAACACCACAAUUAUAGACCUAAAAGCCUGCUGUAUUGAUCUCUUUGGAAGGUAGGUUUGAACAAUUACAACAGUAAAAGAGGGGUUAAGAGCAGAUAUCCGGAUAUAACAAGUUUCUCUACAGAUCAUUCUCCAAAUCUAACCAAAUACUUUGUUGCAGCACUGUGAACAAUGGGACCAUCUCAUUCGAGGGCUCCUGGAGCACGGUGACCAACGCCACUUUGUACUUUACGAACUGCUGUGGUCUCUUUGAUAAUGCAGUUUGUAACUAGGUCCUCCUGUAAGUCCUUUUAUAUGUUGAUUACCAGUGAGUAGAUACACUUAUUCAGCUCUUUGUAUGUAUAUAUUAUGUUUCAUAACUUUUAUUCACAUUUGAUUGUGAAUCAGAAAUACUACUGCCGGGGCGGCAAGUAGCUUAGUGGUUAAGAGCGUU